AAACCACGGAGUUCAACCAAAUGUCAGCAUGGGAAAUCUCUCUGGUAAGGACAGUGACGUCAUGAAGUUCACAUGACCAGCUACUUCCGGGUUUUCCCGGCGAGUCAGCACGAACUCAAAAUGGCGGCCAACUCGAACGGGAGAGCUGCAAGCUCCUCUCUCCAACACGCACCUUCCUCCGCCUCCACGGACUCUCCCGCUCAGGAGAUCCCCGAUCCAGGCUGUAGUGGCCUGAGCUGUUGCUGUUGUAUGCGCACACGAAAAUGCACGGACUUAAGGGAGGGCUUGUACGAACAGAGAUUUUCCAAGCUCGACUUUGUGUGGACUAUCGGAGGCAUCCUGACGUUUGUAUGGGACAUCGGGUCAGACAUCGCCCUGGCUUGCAUGUACUGGACUAAAAAGCGGUACUGGUUCUUCGGUUUUACCCUGUUCUUCGUGGCGUUACCGUCCAUCGUGUUGCAGCUGUUCAGCUUGAAGUGGUACCUCCAGGAUGAGAGUCGAGACGCAGAAGAAAGCGAGGAGCAGAGGGGGAGGGUGGCCAGGAAGAAGCCGGCUAUCCUCAGCUGGCUCUGGAGGAGUUUUCUACACUUUCUGCAACUCGGGACAAUUGUCAGGUAUAUCCGUACGCUGAAGUACGGUUGUGAGAGCCAGCAGGAGCGGGAGAGGUACCAGUACGUGGUGUAUGAGUGGGCGGAUGUGUGCAUGCUGCGACUGUUCGAGGCUUUCCUGGAGUCUGCACCUCAGCUCACCUUACAGCUGUACAUCCUGGCUCAUGAGGGGGAGAGAGACCUGCUCACCAUUGUGACGUGCGCAGCUAGCCUGGUGUCCCUUGCCUGGGCUUUAGUGGCGUACCACAAGGCUCUACGGGAGGUUCGCCCUGACAAGAAGAACCUGUCCUUCACCGGUGUGGGCCUGCGGAUGAUGUGGAGGUUAUUUGAGGUGGUAGCUCGUGUGGUGGCCCUGUCACUGUUUGCCGCCAAGUUUGAGUGGAUCAUGUUUGUGGUGGUGGGCGUGCACUUCAUCCUCAUGUUCCUGUGGCUGCUGUGGCAGGACACCAAGUUCUGCGACAACCGCGGGGAGGAGUGGGUCUUUGACUUUGUCAUGGCCAUUGUUCACAUUUUCUGUUGGUUCAACGUGAAGGAGGGCCGGACUCGGUACCGCGCGUCCGCCUACUACACCUUCAUGUACCUGGAGAACGCAGCUCUCAUAGGACUGUGGUAUUGGAAGGUCAUGGAUGAAGACGUGAUGUACAAGUACGCUGCACUGGUCCUCGUGUUGGGAGGGUUCCUGGCAGGGAUCAUCAUCAUGGCGCUGUACUACCUAUUCUUCCAUCCAAAUGGAGGAGUCCGUUGCUGUGUGGAGGAGGCAGAAGAGGUGGACUCUCCCAUGUACCAGACUGCCAUAGAAUCAGGACAGCCUGCCCUUCCGUGGGACGAAGUGGACAGUGGGAAACAGGCAGACAAGCAGAGCAUGCUGAAGAAGACUGUUGUCGUGAUGAAGCGGACAGGCACGCCGAUGAAGUUUGCUCCGUCACACGUGUCCGGAUUGGCCAAUCGGGAAAAGCUGGACCUUGCAUUUGUGCACCGCUGGAGGGUGAGGAAUGAUGAGGUCCUCCUCUCAAACUUUACAAACAGUACAGACACGAAUAUUAAUGAGGACAUGGAGAUGCAACGUAGGUUGUCAAACUGUCCCCCUUUCCACAGGGGUGGAGGGGAAGCCUGCCAGAUACCCAGGACAGCUUCACAAACCAGUCUGCGCAUACAAAACCAAGGGUUGUCCAAGUCUAGUAGUUCCAACUCCCAGUUUGAAAGUUGUGUGUAGCUGUAUAUGAUGUAACAUCAGAAUGUGAAGGAUUAGCUUUUUUGAUACCCACAAAGCUGGACAAGUAGAUAUCUCAAGAUUGAUGUUACUAGAAUCAGGAACUGUAUUUGUCAGGUUUUGAAAUGGGCACUCUCUGAGUAGUUAAGAUUUUACCUCGAGUUGGAAAUUUCUAUGUUAUAAAACAUUGUCAUUUCAGUUGCAAACUAGAACGUGAUGUUGACAAAGUUAAGGGUUCCAAAAUCCCUCUGGAAUAGAGGGUACAUAGAAGCUUGUCCAUUUCCUACUUGAUAUUUCUUGCACAAUGUGUUACUUUUAAAGUAUUUCUGCACAUGACACUUAGCGUGGCAAUAUCAAUUUGAGUUUCUUUGUCAUAUGUUGCAUUGAAAACUGAUGUCUAGAGCACUGGAAUGGGAAAUACCAAGUUCUGAUGUACAUAAAAUUACAUGUACUAGUACAUCUACAACACUGAACAUGUACUAGUAACUAAGUUGAUGAUUGUGUGAACCUCAUAGUUAAAGUUAGAUACUUCUCAUGCCAUUAGCUUUGAUUCUAUUUGAAAACCAAACAUGCACGUUUGCCACACAGGGGUACUGAAGACCCUUGAUGCUUCCCAAACUAUAUCCUGUGUUUGUAAUCAGGACCAAUAGGUACAUGUAUAUUGCAUAUACUAAUUUGACCAAGGGGUGAUAUUAAGUUUUUGAAGUUUUCAAAUGUAAGUAUCCUUUUUUUAUCCAUUUAAGAUGCUACUGUCCUGAUUUUAGGGUUUGUAUAAUGCUAUUGUGUUUCUAUAUGUCUACCUCAUCCUCACACAUGCUAGAAAAGGAAUACAGAAAAUGCUUCAAAGUUUUCAAUAGUGGCAUAACAUACUGUGGAAACUUGGUUAAGAGCCAAGCUAGCUAGCUAUAAGAGUGCUGAUUAAAGUAGUGCAUGUAUGUGUGUACAGGUAUGUUAGAUGUGUUUUUGCAAUAUUUUGAAUUACUUGGUAAGUAGUGAGUUGUGCAUUAUCAGAUUGGAAUAUUUAAGUAAGAUUUUAUAUUGGAUUUUAUGUGCAAUUAUUGAGUAAUUUUGGAUUUAAUAGCUACCUUUUUUGCUGUGACUGCUACAUGUAGCUGUUCCAUGGAGACUUUGCAAAGUGAUUGAUUGUAUUGUGAACAUUGGAGUUGAUGCUGUAGUUGGAGCAUAACAGAGCAGUAAUGACAUUUCAAAUUGUCAAGGAUGCUGCACCAUGCCAUGAGUGGCCCUAAAGAGUUGAUUUUUCUUUUAACUGCACAAGUUUUGUGCCAUGUUAAUGUGAGUGGUGGGAACAACUGUAUAACAGACCAUUGAAUUAUAAGUGCAUAUUAAGUAUAAGUGCAUUUCAGUCAAGGUUAGCAAUAAGAUCAUAUUUGGAUGAUGAAAAUGAACAAAAGUCCAUGUUUGAACUUGACAACUGAUCAUGA